AUGGAGAUAUGGCAUGGGGAUUUUCAUGAUGAGGAAUUCUUUUGCAAGCUUAGCGUUCUUGAGCUUCGUCAUCUCUCCAAGGAAUCUGCAACAUCCACAAGUCGUUUUAUUGAGAGUUUAACCAACUUGGAAGAGCUAAUCGUACGUGAAUCUUAUCUAGAAGAGCCAAGCAGUGAUGUGGAAGUCUCGGAAGGCCCUAGUCAAGAGCGGAAAGUAAUAUUACCCUUUUCAAGACAAAUUAAACAUUUGAAGGCUCUAAAUAUGUCAGAUUGUGAUGGGUUAUCAAGUAUGUUUACACCGACAAUAGCUGAAAAUUUGGUGGCUCUCACAAAAUUGAGGAUAAGUAAUUGCGGGAUAUUGACAGAAGUUAUUAGUGACAAGGGAAGUAAGGAGAGGCAUGAAGUGGCUUUCCAUCAUUUGAAAUGUAUGGAGCUUGAUGGGUUGAUAGAGUUGAAAUGUUUCAGCUCAGGUGGAUGCGCUUUAAUAUUCCCUCUCUUGGAAGACGUCAUUGUGAAUGGAUGUCCCAACAUGAAGUUCUUCUCCGAGGGGCCAAUAGAGGCCCCAAAGCUGGAUAGAGUAAAAGUAGAUAUGACGAAACAGUAUGGACCAACAGAGUACCAGUAUUUUUGGAAGGAAAACCUCAACAUGACCAUCCAAAAUGUGUUUAAAGAAAUGGCUAUGGUUGCUAAGGCUGAGUUUGUGCGGCUGUUUGAGUUCCCCGAACUCAUUGGAAAGUGGCACAAUGAACAUAAUCCCGUCAAUUCAUCUUGGCGAUUAAAAACCCUGGUGGUGGAUAAGUGUCCAUCAUUUAUUAAUGCUAUGCCAUCCAAAUUGAUGCUUGUUUUGGAGAAAAUGACGAGCUUGCAAGUGCACGAUUGCAAGUCUUUGGAAGAAAUAUUCGAUCUUGGAGGGCUUGAGGGCGUGGAAAGCACUCGGGUGCUGCCUCGGCUACAAUAUUUGAAGUUGGUCAAUCUACCGAAGUUGAGGCAACUAUGGAACAAAGAUCUUCAAGGAAUGAUGCGCUUCAAUUCUCUAUCUUCUCUGACUCUUUAUAAAUGCAGCAACUUGAGACAUGCUUUCACCCCAUCGAUGGCUUGGUGCCUUGCCAAUCUAGAAUAUAUGGAAAUAAGGGAGUGUGAUCAAAUGGAAGGAGUGAUCGAAGAUGAAGAAGGGCAGGGAAGCGCAAUGGAGAAGAUUUCAUUCCCGAGGCUCGGUUGGAUGAUACCGAAAUGGUUGCCCAAUUUGACUAGUUUCCUAUCGGGAAAGAAUCAUGCGUUGGAUUGUCCCAAAAUAGAAUAUCUGAGGAUUGCCUACUGCCCCAAAAUGAGAAGUUUGACGUGGCAGUCUUCAAUGGAUAUUGACUAUAAUAUGCCUUCACUUUUCACUCCACGGGUACAAUUUCUUGGGCUCAUGUGCAUGGUUCUCUCUCACAUGGACAAUUUAAGCAAAAUAUGGCCCGACAAUCCUCAAGAAACUCUCACUUUUGACUCUCUUCGGGAAGUGAAGGUCAAAAAUUGCGAGAGCCUAGAAAAUCUGUUUCCGCAUUGGGUGGCUACAAGUCUAACCCAACUUGGGAAGCUUCGAGUGGAAUCUUGUAGGAUCGAGGAAAUAGUCACUAAUGGAGACGACACUCGACACUCCAAUAUUGCUCAAGUUCUUUUUCCGAAACUAACGUCUUUGAUGUUACAUGAUAUGACACGACUCAAGACCUUCUGCCCUAACUUGCCCACUUUGAAUUGGCAAUUCUUGAAGGAGUUGCGAGUGACUCACCGUGAUAAACCGAACAUGUUGUCUUUUGCGGCAUCCAUGAGCAAGUGGACUCGAGAAGAUGAUCAACGGGACCUUUCAGACCAAGAAGCGCACUCUUCGUUUGAGAGGGACUUUCCCAACUUAAAUAGACUUUUAUUAGUCGCUAAGGAUAUUCAGAUGAUACGAGAUGGGAAAUUUCCCGAUGACAUCUUUGGCAAGCCAAAAGCACUAACAUUGGCAUGCUUCCAAGAUGAAAAGGCCACCUUUCCUCCCAGUUUCCUAAUAGAGAGAUUUCAGAAUAUGGAAAGUCUUGAGAUCUUACGUAGCUCUUUUGAAGAUAUAUUCCCACGGAGGGAUUGUUGA